UGUGUUUGGUACCUUUUUUUAUCAGUAGUGCGAUCUGACAUUAUCACAAAACGCAUAAACCCUUAUUUGCAUGGCCUAAUCAAUUUAUUAUUAAUCAGUCUCUCUCUCUCUUUUUUUUUUUUCAUUAAUCGGAGUGAGACGAAGCAAAAUUCUCCUGGCGAGAAGAAGAACCAGCCAUGGUUGGACCACAAAGACCUCAAAUCGUCCUCUUCGGUUCUUCAAUUGUUCAAUACAGCUUCACCGAUGGUGGUUGGGGUGCCACACUCGCUGACAUCUACUCUCGUACGGCUGACAUCAUCGUUCGUGGUUAUGCUGGUUGGAAUUCUAGGUUUGCCUUGAAGGUCUUAGACCAAGUCUUCCCAAAGGAUGCUGUGAUACAACCUUCAUUGGUGAUAGUCUAUUUCGGUGGGAAUGAUUCAAUGGAUCCUCAUCCAUCAGGCUUUGGUCCUCAUGUUCCUUUAUCUGAAUUCAUUGAUAACAUGAGAAAAAUUGGAGAGCAUCUUUUGGGACUCUCGGAUAAGACCCGCGUCAUUUUCCUUACUCCUCCGCCAAUGAAUGAGAAACAGAUCCAGCUAGUUUUUGGGGAUGUGAUAAAAGGCCGGAGUAACGAGCUGUGUCGUCCAUAUGCAGAAGCGUUGUUAAAUCUAUGCAGAGAGAUCAAUGUGAAAGGUGUUGAUAUUUGGACGGCAAUACAGCAGCAAGAUGAUUGGUUGAACAGCUGCUUCACAGAUGGGAUCCAUUUCACAGCCAAGGCAAGCGAGAUUGUCUUGAAGGAGAUACUGAAGGCAGUGAGAGAAGCGGAUUGGAAACCGAGCCUUUACUGGAAGUCAUUACCGAUUGAGUUUCCAUUUGAUUUUGGUGUUCCAAACUCCAUAACCCUUUGUGAUUUGGAAUUAAACAGAAACAUGCGGUAUGAGCCAGACACCGUGAGCCUUUGUGACCAAGAGUUAACCAGAAACGAGCAGUUGGAGUCACCACCACCUACUGCCCGGUUGUAAAACAACACUUAUUUAGAGAUUAUGCUACUAUAUUGACAUGGUUUUACCAGUUUCACUCUUUAUUUGCAUCUGGAUAUUCAUCUUGCUAAUUUAACAUUUGGUUAGACGCUUUGUUAUGUAUCAUUAGGUUCAUUGGGUCGUUGGAUAACAACAA